CUCUUGUAGACGCGGACUAGUUUCGACUUCAAACCCUAAUUCGAACAAUAUGACGAUCAAGCGUACCAGAAUCGGAAGAUCUUCCAGCUUCAGCCGGAUCAGCGUCUUAGCACUCUCCGAUGAUUUACCUGGCCGUCAUCAGAGAAACCGCAAGGAUCCUCCUCCGCCGCCGAGUAAGAUGGCAAAGAAAGUAAGGGUAGAAGGAUCGGAACAUUCGAUUUUGGUUGUAUCGUCUCCUCCGAAUCAGGUUAAUCACUGUGUGCCGAUUCACGGAUUUCUCGAUAGCUGCCACUUCUGUAAAAAGAAGCUCCUCCAGAAUGAUGAGGUUUUCAUGUAUAGUACAUUUCUUGCGUUCUGUUCUUCUGAAUGCCGAGAUGGGCAGAUACUUGUGGAUAAUCAGAGGAACAAACAUGCAUCAUCAGCUCAUUAAAGUGGGACAAGAUGGAUGAAGAUUGAAUUUAGUGUAUUUGGCUUUGUUAUUUUUGCUGCUCAAUCAAUGGAAUAUACCUUUCCAAUGGUGUGGUGUUGGUGCAGUCUAUGUUUUUUGUAUCGACUUUGUGCUUGUGCCCCCAUGAGAGAACAUGAACUAGUGUCACUUCAUGUUCCUAUUUUCGAACAUUUUGA